UUUACGCCACCCACUGCAAGCCCACGAACGGAGAGACUAUGACUAAGGAAACGGCCACAGGGACUCCUGCUGGAGUCUCGGGACCAGAUGAAAUGGUGCCUCCUCAGGGUGGGGUUCAGCCGAGAGGGAAAUGGGCCAACAACAUGGAGUUCAUGCUCUCCAUGGCUGGAGAAAUCAUUGGCCUCGGGAAUGUUUGGCGUUUCCCUUAUCUGUGCUAUAGAAAUGGAGGAGGUGUCUUCUUCAUCCCUUACUUUGUGUUCCUCUUCUUCUGUGGCAUCCCUGUGUUCUUCCUGGAGACGGCGUUGGGCCAGUACACCAGUGAGGGCGGGGUGACCGCCUGGACGAAGAUAUGCCCCAUGUUCCAGGGUUUGGGGAUUGCGGCCCAAGUGAUUGUGGCCUAUCUGAACAUCUACUACAUUGUGGUGUUGGCCUGGGGCAUCUUCUACCUAUAUAACUCGUUCAAAAGCCCAUUACCCUGGUCCACAUGUGACAACUGGUGGAACACUGAGUUAUGUCACAGUCGCUCCAGCGUCUUUGCCAACCCAGAUUUGUUUCAAGCUGGCUCAAACUGGUCGUUCCUAAACAACAUCACCAUAUUUGACUACUCUCCCAAUGACAAUUCCACUAUAAGUGACCCAUACGCGAUUGGCAGGUCACCGGAAGAGGAGUUCUGGCAACACCGUGUGUUAAGGAUGACAACUGACAUGUCCCUGGGUAAGGUAAACUGGGACCUGGCUGUCUGUCUCUUGCUUGCCUGGAUUGUUUGUUACUUCUGCAUCUUUAAGGGAAUCAAAUGGACAGGAAAGGUCGUGUACUUCACUGCUACAUUCCCCUACCUGAUGCUGUUCAUCCUCUUCAUCCGAGGAGUGACCCUCCCAGGAGCCGGGGAGGGACUUCGAUAUUACCUCACCCCUGACUUAAGCAGGCUCUCUGAUCCACAUGUGUGGCAUGAUGCAGGGACUCAGGUGUUCUUUUCCUUCGCCGUGUCUCAGGGAGUACUGACCGCUCUGGGGAGCUACAACAAAUACAACAAUAACUGCUACAGGGAUUGCUUGGCACUAUGCUGCCUGAACAGUGCCACCAGUAUCUUUGCUGGUUUUGUUGUGUUCUCAGUGCUGGGAUUCAUGGCUCAUGACAUGGGCCAAUCGAUGGAUACAGUUGUUUCUGCCGGUCCUGGUCUGGUCUUUUCGGCGUAUCCAAGGGCUCUGUCGUUACUGCCCGGCUCAUCCUUCUGGGCUGUGCUCUUCUUCCUCAUGAUCCUCUUCCUGGGCCUGGACAGUCAGUUUGUGUGUGUGGAGAGCAUGGCCACAGCCCUCACAGACCUGUUCCCACGUCACCUGAGGAGGCCGGGCGGCAGAGAGGUGCUGACCCUGGUCAUAGCCGUUGUCUGUUUUCUAUUGGGGCUGCCGCUCAUCACAGAGGGAGGGAUAGUCCUCUUCCAGCUCAUUGACACCUAUGGUGCCAGUGGAAUCAGUCUCCUCUUUAUCGCCUGCUCUGAGUGUGUUGUCAUUGGCUGGGUGUAUGGUGCGGACCGUUUCUAUGACAACAUUGAGGACAUGAUCGGGUACAAACCCUUCCCCGUGCUUAAGUACUGCUGGUUGUUCAUCACGCCGCUCAUCUGUGGGGUCACACUACUGUAUGAACUCGUGAACUCACACCGUAUCAUCGUGUACGGUUAUGUAAUCGACAACUGGGGCGUCGUCUUGGGCUCGCUCCUUAUCCUCGCUCCACUGAUGUGUGUCCCAGUAUUCAUUGUCGUCUCCCUGGUAAAGAAUCCCCAAAACAUGACUACACCAUCGAGUGAUCUGCGUCAGGCUCAACCACACAAGCCAAUUCUCACACUGUGUGAAUGCGUCGUCUUCAAGGCACAGGUGCAGCCAAAGAGACAUGUGGUGGAAAACAAAGAGGAUCUGAUGAUGGGAGAACCCAGCAUGGUUUAAUGGCAGCACGUUAUGGUGCAUAGAUGUCCUGAUUGAUUGGUACAAAUCUGUGACAACAAUUUUAUAAUCGUGUGCAAACUUUUAUAAGUGUUUACACAUGUCAUGAGUAUUCAGGGACAGUUAUAUUUUUUAUGUUGUGUUUUAAUUUUCUUGCUACAUUAGUCUUUACCUUUUUAAUUUGUUUUAAUAUUGAAUAAUAUUGGAAAAGUCCCAUACAAUGUACAUUUUUCUAAACACCUAUAAUCCUGUAAUGUAAGUGUCUUAAAAAAGUACUUCACCGACAAAGCCUUUCACUCCUAUAAUACUCACAAUGGCCAGUUAAAAAUCUAUAUCGUUGCAGCAGAACCAGAGAUAUCGUCUUUUUUUAUUCCAAUCAUUCUUCACCCACAUUUAACAGACUUUGAUGUGUAAAAAGGAUGGAUCGCCCCUUAAAAACAUGCAUCUGGAGCAUUUGAUUACCAUGCUUUACCCGCAAUUGCAAAUUGUAGUAGCAGUUUGUCAUCAAAUGUAUAAUGCAGUCAAAACUGUUACAUCCUACAAUGUUGAUCCUAAUCAAUGCAAAAUCUGAUUAUGCGUUGCUGAAUUUGUUGUUUUACUGCAAUGGUGGUCUCAUGUCCAUUGAGUGUUUGUACACUGCUAGGUUCACUUUUAUUUUCAUAGAUACAUCAAUUCAUGAUAUAUGUUACAAUAGUGAUGAACCUCAUUAAUCUCA